UCUCCUAUAAAAGGAACUGUUCAGCUUUCACCGGGAUAGUGAACAGUCACCAAAAAACACCACGACUUCAAAUACAAGCCGGCAGCCAAGAAGCCAGACUCUUCUUGAAAGGGAUUGAAAACCCGUAAAAAGCAAAUUGCUGACUGUUGAAGUACCGUGGGAAGACUUCUGAUAAUUGCAGGGUGCCUGUACUGUGCUGCGUGCGAUUGUGUACACAGAGCUGUCGAGGAGAGCGGACACAGAGCAUCCACUGUACUCUUCAGAAGGAAAGAGGGAGAAAUUAACGUCCUGUGACAGAGCUGCAGACUGGUUUGGGAGAUGAGUGCUGCUGUGCCCUGGCUUUGUAGUCUGGCCCUUCUGAUGCUCGCAGCCCGAGAUGGCAUUGCCCUGUUCUUGCCCGACUCCCCAGAGCUGCAGCAGCUGCUGAGCCGCUACCAGGAGCCCGAGCUGCACAACCGCACGGGGAACGGGGUGCUCAGCAGAGCCCGGCGCGCCAUCCAGUGGUCCGACCGGGAGGAGAUCCUGCAGCUGCACAACAAGCUGAGAGGACAGGUGCAGCCUUCAGCCUCCGACAUGGAGUACAUGGUGUGGGACGAAGAGCUGGAGCGCUCUGCCACUGCUUGGGCAGAGGAGUGCAUCUGGGACCACGGACCCCAGAACCUGCUCAUGUCCAUUGGGCAGAAUUUGGCUGUGCACUGGGGCAGGUACCGUUCGCCUGCGUAUCACGUCCAGGCCUGGUACGAUGAGGUGAAGGACUACACCUACCCCUACCCUGACGAGUGCAACCCCUGGUGCCCUGAGCGCUGUUCAGGGCCCAUGUGCACACACUACACACAGAUUGUCUGGGCCACAACCAACAAAGUGGGCUGUGCUGUCCACGUGUGUGGGAGGAUGAACGUUUGGGGAGAGAUCUGGGAGAACGCCGUGUACCUCGUCUGUAAUUAUUCGCCAAAGGGUAAUUGGAUUGGUGAGGCCCCCUACCAACAUGGCAGGCCGUGCUCCCACUGUCCCCCAAGUUAUGGAGGGGGCUGCAAGGAAAACCUCUGCUACAAAGCAGACACCCCUGAGCCCCAGCGCCCUGAGACAGAGGACAUGAACGAAGUGGAGAAACCCCAGGUCCCGGAGGACAUCCCUGCCUGGGCACGACCUCGCACCCGCCCCGCUCCCACCAAGCCGGGUUCCAAGGACACGGGCAGGACCUAUAUGGCCCAGGAUAUCAAGUGUGAGACGAAGAUGCGUGAUAAAUGCAAAGGAGCAACCUGUAACAGGUAUGUCUGUCCUGCAAACUGCAAGAACUCUAAAGGCAAGGUGUGGGGGACCCUCUUUUAUGAUGUGCAAUCCAGUAUCUGCCGGGCUGCAUUGCAUUAUGGAGCGAUUGAUAACAAUGGAGGUUUGAUAGAUAUAACUCGGAAAAGCAGGAUGCCCUUCUUCGUCAAAUCCACGAGGAAUGGAAUUGAGUCUUUCAGUAAAUAUAAAGCCUCAAAUGCAUUCAUUGUCUCAAAAGUUGAAGAGAAGACAGUGGACUGCUAUGCAACUGUGGCAGAACUAUGUCCUUUUGAAGGGCCAGUUUCUCACUGCCCACGAGUGUACUGCCCAGCAACCUGCAAGGAUGAACCUUCAUACUGGGCUCCAGUGAUUGGCACCAAUAUUUACUCGGAUAGCUCAAGUAUUUGUCGGGCAGCUAUCCAUGCUGGGGUGAUCGAAGCUAUGACUGGAGGCUAUGUGGACAUCGUGACAGCAGAUAAAAAGAAGAAUUAUGUGGGAACUCUUAAGAAUGGAAUCCAGUCAGAGAGUAAGAAAAAUCCAGAAGGGAAGUCCUUCCGCCUCUUUGCGGUGAGAGAGUAAGCCUCCAUUUGGUCCAGGCCUCAGCUCUGGCUCGGUUUAUGAAUACACGGGCUCACUGCUUGUGGUGAAAAGGGACAAGAAGUGCCCCUCGCUUGCACCAUGGCAACCUCACAGAACCUUCUCACCUGCUCUACAGAAAGACGAGUGUCAAAAUGAACCUCCUCCGCCUCUCACAGACACAAAGAGUGUUCUAAAAUCCUGUAGAACAAGUACAAACAAAGACCGUGAAAGAACGGGGCAUUCAUUUCUCAAGUGCAUUGUUACCAGUUGUUGAUUUCUUUAAACUGAAUAUGUGAGCAACAAUGCAGAAUGCUGUAUAAUAUUAUAUGAUAAAUUGAACAGCAGUGCUGGUUAUAUCUGUCUCAGAGUAUAGUUUAAAGUUAAAAAUGUUAUAUUACUUAUAUUAUUUUAAAAAUGCAGAAACAACCUAUUGCUCUCCAUACACAGGAAUGUAUAUUGUGUUUAAUCUUUGUACAGUGUUUCCGUUUGUGGAUCAGAAACAGUUAUAUCUUUUUAGCAUUUGUAUUUUUUUUUCCACUGAUUGUUGGUGCUUUUUUGGAUUGAGAUCAGAAACAUAGUCACAUUAUUACCGACUAUAUAUCCUAGCUUUUCUAUUUGCUCUUCAAGGCUUACUGUUCAAGCUAUUGAUUUGCUGAAAGCCGGGACUCCUAACAAGCCGGGAUGAAUAGGAUCUUUCAUUGUUUACAGUUUUAUUAUGAGCAGACCUGGAAUCUAAUAUGACUUGGUGUGCCAAUAACACAUGAUAUCACUUGAAGCUCCGAUAAAGGUACAGAAAUAUGAUCUAUAUGUGUAAAGGUCAGAUUUUCUUUAUCUUGUGAAAUUUGCCACCUGUGCAUAAACCAUACAGUUAGAAAAGGGAAUUAUAAAGUGAUAGAAACUGGUAUCAGUAUGUUGAUUAAACAGAAAUAGACAGAAUAUAUUAUAAUUUCAUAUACGAGGCUAGUCUUUGCCUUGUGCAUGUUUUUCCAGUUACCAUUACAAAAUCAGUGUGACAUAUCACAAUUGUGCCUUAUGAAAUAGCUGUUAUUCAUACACCUCUGGCUUUGAUCCAGAUGUUAACAUAAAAAUUUCACAUCCUAAUGUCAGUGGAUCAGCAUCUGAAACAAUCAAGGGUCAAUGCAUGUUUAUCAUUUUGUUUAUCAUUUUGUUACAGUAGUAGCUCAUAUUCUGGAUAGGAUUUGUCUGCCAAGUGCCUUUUUUAUGAAAAAAAUUAAAUAACAGUUCAUGCACCUGGAUGCACUUUGUAAAAGAAACAGAUGCAUGGAUCACUGUUAAAACCACUCAGAAUGUAUUUUUUCUAAUAGAACACUUACCCGGGACGUGAAGCACGUAGCUGUAAACAAGACAUGGUCAGUAGGUGGUAGCAGUCUUAUACCUUUUCUCACCUGUUUGACUCAUUUCACAGUUCAGCAGAUGGAUUUUCAUGCUGAAAAAAAACAAACGUGGCCUUAACGAUUCUUUUAUAAAAAUGUUUUAAAAUGUAGUGAGCACCCGAAUGUGUUGAUUAGCUGAAUCCCGUUAGGAUGAAGUAAAAACUCCUGCCUUUCCCCUAAAGAUUCCUUGUUUUUACCCAUGCUGACAGAACACCCCAGUCUAGAUUGUAUUUAGAAUUUGCUACUUGCUUGUCCUUUUUGGCUACCUCAGACCUGUCAUUGUACUCCGUUAAAACUAUAGGCUAAAUCUUGCCAGCAAUCAUUUCAUUUUUCGUUCUGUAUGUACAGCUGCAGUAUAUCUUCUAGUGUAAAUAUAUUAAGUAUUCUCCUUUUUUUUUUUGCUUUGGCUUUUUAACUGUAAAAGUGUUUUUCAGAAAUGUGUCAGUGUUCUGUCCAUUUUUGGUCGGAUCGUUUUUAUACAGCCAGUUGAGUGUCCUAUUAUUGUGUAUAAUUUGAUAAUAAAGAAAGUUUAAAACUUA